AUGGCAGAGGCGGAAGUGCCUGCCGAUAUAUGUUCCACCGUCGAAUAUACAGUACCGCCGCCAAAACCGCUCGUAUUUGAUGACAACAUUGCGAUAAGUUGGGAAACAUGGAAUCAGGCUUGGAAACGCUUUGAUAUUGCCACGGGAGUUUAUAAGCAAGACGGAGUUGUUCGUGUGUCAACCCUGCUAAGCAUAACAGGUGAAGAUGUCGUCAAAACAUUCGACCCUUUUACCUGGGGAGAAGGCGAAAGCGACGACAAUAUAGACCAUGUGCUAAAGAAAUUUGACGAACUAUACGAACCAAAAACUCAGAACAAUGUUUCAACUUAUUUAACCGAAUUAAGAACAAUCGCUCGGAAUUGUGAUUAUGAGUCAAUUACACCCGAUGAAAUAUUAAUUUAUCUGCAAACACAUUUAAAGAGAUUGGUGACACAAAAUUUACAAUGCAAAAUACCCAUGAGGGGCGGGGCAAGGUCAAGCAAGAGGCGGAGCCCAACAGCACCAACAUAAUAGCUGUCGCAGUUGCGGUCAUGGCAGACAAAUUUACCCAGCAUUUGGAAAUAAACGCCAUUGCUGUAACGAGCUUAAUACAGAGGACACAUACGUCAUUAGCUCUGUUUCCAAGAACAAAAAGCAGCAGUAACAAAAUUACACGUUAAUAAGAAUUGUUAAGAUUCAUAUCGACGGAGGGCCCAGUGCAACAUUCUCCCACUAUAUAAGGGUCACAGGAGAUACUGAGCUGGAAUUACUGAAACUUUCCACGAAGGUUUGUAUCAUACACUGGAGAGCGACGCAACAUAACUGGAAAGGUCACACUUCCUGUAUGGCGUGCGGGAAAAAAAGCAACUAAUUCAAUAUUAUUGAUGGUGACUAUCGACCAAUUCUAUCUCCAGAUACCAGGUAUCUUUGGGUAUUGUAAACCUGCGACAUUGUGACAUCCUAUCUCUGGGUAUCCAACCUCCUAAAGACCCAGGAAGGGAAUACAAGGAUGUGUUCAAUGGUUCAUCAGGUAAAAUACCAGACACAUACAAGAUUGUGGUUGACAGCGCUGUGCAACCUGUAGUCCACCCGCCACGACGAGUGCCAGAGGCCUUGCGUUCACGUAUAAAAUCGGAACUGAAUAAGUCAGUUGAACGUAAAGUGAUCGUUCCAGUGACCAAACCAACACA